UUCAAUAGCGGUAUAAGAAAUAUCUGAUACAUUAAAUUCUUAGCACAUUGUGUGAUUUGUCUGGUGCCAUGGAAACAUACAUUCCGGAAUGAUGGAAUAGAACCCUUUUAGAAUCGUAGAACAUUACAUCACAAUGUGGGGGAAGCAUUGAACAUCACUUGCACCCCAAGCGAUUAGCAAGAGCGAGCUACUGCCAGUAAUUAUUUCACACGUUGCAGUCUAUAUUUUACAGCAUCCUCUUUGGAAAAUGUAUCGGAGAGGUUCUCGCUUCGUGCUAGAUACAAGGGCACCCCGCCAUGUCCUCCUACCUCGUGGCUACCCCCAGUCCCAUCAAAUCCAGGCACGCCAUUUCUACCCCUCAUCCCACCUCGUCGUGCUACCCCGAUUCUACCCCCCACCCCCAGUGAUGAAUCAACACCACUCCUUCAUCCCACCUGUCCAGUUUGAAGAUGGCAGUAUGAUCACUCCUCGGGCUCCUGCCACUGACGUGCUCACACGCGAUGAACAAAUGGCACCUGUGUCCACAUCACAGCUUGAGCGUCAGCCCACCUCCAAUCUGCCUCCUGACCAACGCAGGGAUGCAGUGCCUGAUGUAUCUCCACCCACACCCCCAACUCCUUCACAUCUCACAGGGGGGGAGAUAAUGAAGGCAGAGAAGCCCGUGACAUCCAAAGCCCCAACUCCUACACCUCUCACAGGGGGUGAGAUAAUGAAGGCAGAGGAGCCCAUGACAUCCAAAGCCCCAACUACUACACCUCUCACAGGGGGUGAGAUAAUGAAGGCAGAGGAGCCCAUGACAUCCACAGCCCCAACUCCUACACCUCUCACAGGAGGUGAGAUAAUGGAGGCAGUGGAGCCAGUGACAUCCACAGCCCCAACUCCUACACCUCUCACAAGAGGUGAGAUAAUGGAGGCAGUGGAGGCAGAGACAUCCACAGCCCAACUCCAUCACCUCUCACUUAGGCAGAGAUUAUGGAGGCAGUGGAGACAGAGACGUACACAGUCCCAACUCCAACAGCUCUCACUUGGGCUGAGAUUAUGGAGGCAGAGACGUCCACAGCCCCAACUCCAACACGUCUCACUUGGGCAGAGAGUAUGGAGGCAGAGACAUCCACAGCCCCAACUCCAACGCGUCUCACUCGAUCAGAGAGUAUGGAGGCAGAGACCUCCACAGCCCCAACUCCAACAAGUCUCACUUGGGCUGAGAUUAUGGAGGCAGAGGAACCCGAGACGUCUACAGCCCCCAUUCCUACACCUCCCACCUUGGGUGUGAUUAUGGAGGAAGAGGAGGCAGAGACGUCCACAGCCCCAACUCCUACACCUCUCACUUGGGCUGAGAUUAUGGAGGCAGAGGAGGGAGAGACGUCCACAGCCCUGACUCCUACACCUAUGAUUGGGUAUAAAAAGCAUAUCUUAGAACAGCAGAGUCUCUCAGAAGUAAAGAGGUUCACCAAUCUGUGAAAAACUGCAUCUCCAAAUUGUGCAAAUACAGUGCAUCCGGAAAUUAUUCACAGUGCUUCACUUUUUCCACAUUUUUUAAAAAAUGUUUUUUAAGCCUUAUUCCAAAAUGAAUUAAAAUAAUUAUUUUCCUCAAAAUUCAAAACAUGAAAUAAAUUUGUCUGAAAUCUUUGCAAAUUUAUUACAAAUAAAAAAACAAAAAAAGCACAUGUACAUAAGUAUUCACAGCCUUUGCCAUGACACUCAAAAUUGAGCUCAGGUGCAUCCUGUUUCACUGAUCAUCCUUGAGAUGUUUCUACAACUUGAUUGGAGUCCACCUGUGGUAAAUUCAACUGAUUGGACAUGAUUUGGUAAGGCACACACCUGUCUAUAUAAGGUCCCACAGUUAACAAAGCAUGUCAGAGCACAAACCAAGCCAUGAAGUCCAAGGAAUUGUCUGUAGACCUCCGAGACAGGAUUGUAUCGAGGCACAGAUCUGGGGAAGGGUACAGAAACAUUUCUGCAGCAUUGAAGGUCCCAAUGAGCACAGUGGCCUCCAUCAUCCGUAAAUGAUACAUAAUGAUACACAUAAUGAUACAGAAAAUGAUAAGAAAAAACACACAGUAACACCAGUGACGCAAUGAAUCACCAGUGACAUACAAGACCAAAGAUCCUUAUUCCUCAAAUCUAAUUAAGAAAAUGGUUUCAUUUGGCAUGCAGUCAAACUCAUUGACAAUAGGUCAAAACACUUGAACGUUUAUAAAUAAGAGUUUAAGCACAUUUGAACUCAAUUAAGAGUAACAACUAAAAUCAUUCGGGAUCAGCAUCUCUACGCUGCCUGUACUGCCGCUACUUCUCAGCUGCACUCAAUUUAGCCAUAACUGUGCAAAAGAGCAUUAGCAAUGAGAAAGACGUUGUAAUCCUGAAAACUGAGUGAUAUUCUAUGCCAGGGGUGUCCAAUCUUAUCCGGAAAGGGCCGGUGUGGGUGCAGGUUUUCAUUCCAACCAAGCAGGAGCCACACCUGAUUCCUCCUGUUUAAUCAGUUGAUCUUGGCUUUCAGUAGACUCAGGUGUGGCUUCUGCUUGAUUGGAAUGAAAACCUGCACCCACACCAGCCCUUUCCGGAUAAGAUUGGACACCCCUGUUCUAUGCAAAAGAACUCAAGGAACAGCAUUGAAUACAAGUUUAUUUAUACAUGGGGCGGCUGUGGCUCAGGUGGUAGAGCGGGUUGUCCACUAAUCGUAGGGUUGGCGGUUCGAUUCCUGGCCCACGUGACUCCACAUGCCGAAGUGUCAUUGCGUAAGACACUGAACCCCAAGUUGCUCCUGAUGGUAAGUUAGCACCUUGCAUGGCAGCUCUGCUACCAUUGGUGUGUGAGUGUGUGUGUGAGAAUGGGUGAAUGAGACACAGUGUAAAGCGCUUUGGAUAAAAGUGCUAUAUAAGUGCGCCAUUUACCAUUUACAUGGGAGUCACUGGUGUUACCUAUAAGUAAGGUAACAUCAGUGACAAUUUUCAUGAAAAAUAAAUUUUACAAAGCUGCUACAGGGCCUCAAGCCACAUGUUGUAAAUCAUGGCAUACACACUAAAAUAUGUAAUUUAAUCCAUUUGUAUUAAAAUUUAUUUAUUUAAUUUUUUUUUUUUUUUUUUACAUUUCCCUAAGAAUAAUGUAGGUCAUACCAGUGACCUCAACCAAAAGCUUCGUAUGAAAUCAUGAUAUAAAUGACAACAUUUCUAAUAACUAAAGAGACAGUGGACUUACCAUGUGCCUUUCUUCAUAGACCCUCAGGGAAGGAUCUAUAUAAUGAAAUUAUUUAUCAAAAUAAUGAAUUUAAUCAAUUUUGGAAUAAGGCUGUAACAUAACAAAAUGUGGAAAAAUGCUUUGUAAAUACUUUCCGGAUGCACUGUAAAGUGAUAUGUGUAGGGGUCCACUCACUAGUCCAACGACGGUAUCCAAGGACGUGGUAGAAGGAUUCCCACGUGUUCCUGUCUUUUUGAAGCGAUGUGAAUAUAUUUAAAUUUGUCAUUCCAAUUCUGCUUGAUUCUCUCAUAAAUUAAAUCUGAUUCCAAUCAUAAAAACCUCGAUGUUGUAUUUAUUUCUUAGUUAUGCAUAUUUUGAUACUUUUGAUCUUCUAUACUUUAAAUCGUGCUCAUUCAUUCUGAUUCCAUGUCGAGUCCUGCGCCGGUCGUGUGUGCGGAUCUCAUGGUCACAAACUCGCCAGUCUUGGUCAUUAGCCAGAGGUAAUUGACUAAUACCAUUUAGACGACCGCCCCAUGCUUGCCCUUUCCUAAAUAGCACUUUAUUUAGUCCCCUUAUAUAGUAACACUUAGUUAGAGUAAUGUUAUUUCUAGUCAGAGGUCAUGACCACUAAAAUCUACAGAGGUAGACCAAUAAUAUCCAAGUAAAAGUAGCUUUAUAUAAUCAUGCCAUAGUUUCCUAUGUACACAUUAACUAGAGUAAGAUUACAAUAAACAGAGGU